AGGAAUCUCUAGUUAAAAUGAAUCCAUUUGGGAUUUAAUAAUAUUGCAUAUGAACAUGAAGAUAAAAGCCUAAAUCAGAUGUGGAGUAGUCUGUAUGUUUUUAGGUGGAAUUUUAAUUAUGAGCAAAAAGGAAAAAAAAAUCACCCCAAUGAUGCUGUUUUAUAUCUAAUAUUGCUGAUUUAUUUCAAACCUUUCAAAGUUUUCAAAAGUCUGUGUUUCUGAGGAUGUUUAGUUCCAGCUGCUGAUUUAUUGCCCUAUUGAUAAAUCCUACUGGAAGGGCUGGGGAGGGACCGACCCUUGAACUCUUGUCCUUUCGUGUGUUUUCCUUCUUGCCUCUUUCUCUCUUUCUCUCUAUCUGUCUGUCUCACUCUUCAGUCAGACCAGACAGUGUUUACUUAGUGCAGGCCUUCACAAGGUGUUUUGGAGCGUGUGUGUACAUGCGCCCCGGCAUUGCCGUCUAUGUCCGGGCAUGCCGUAAUUAGAAUGUCGUACCAUUUUUUGGGUUCCCAUCCCUCUUUCCCUCUCUGCUUCUGCUCCCUUCGUGUCAGUCUUUCGCUCCUCUCUCUCCACACCAGUCCUCACCUUUCCUUUCUGCCCGGUCCUGGCGUUACAUGUGUCUGCGUGUGCGAGGUUGCGCUGCGUCCACUGAUGCACACCUUGCUUGAACUCUGUGGUUUGGCUAUGGUCCUGCGCUCUCUUUGCUUUGCUGUGUUUGGACGUCUGACUGACUGAGGAUUAGACAGAUGAGACUUAAACACUAGAGGAUGUACUACGUGAAGAAGAAGUCCCAGUACAACUUGCUGAGCAGCAGCAUGGAGAGCCUGGGGAGCCGCGCGACGUCCGCCAGCCCCUACAGCUCAGAGAACGCCUCUUCGUCGGCCGUGCCCACCCCCUCGCCCUACUCCCAGCCCAAUUCCACCUUUGAGGGCCUGUCGCCUGCCCCGGCCAUCCCUUCCAACACCGACUACCCCGGGCCGCACGCCUUCCAGGUGUCCUUCCAGCAGUCCAGCACCGCCAAGUCAGCCACAUGGACCUACUCUCCCUUGCUGAAGAAGCUCUACUGUCAGAUUGCCAAAACCUGUCCAAUCCAAAUCAAGCUGUCCUCCUCUCCGCCACAUGGCAGCAUCAUCAGAGCCAUGCCCGUCUACAAGAAGGCGGAGCACGUCACGGAGGUGGUCAAGCGAUGCCCCAACCACGAACUAGGGCGCGACUUCAACGACGGUCAAGCAGCCCCGGCCAGUCACCUGAUAAGAGUGGAGGGGAACAACCUCUGUCAGUAUGUCGAUGAUGCCGUCACUGGCCGGCAGAGUGUCUUUGUGCCGUAUGAGUCUCCACAGGUGGGGACAGAGUUUACCACCAUCCUGUAUAAUUUUAUGUGCAACAGCAGCUGUGUGGGCGGCAUGAACAGGCGACCCAUCCUCAUCAUCAUCACUUUGGAAACCAGGGAUGGCCAGGUGUUGGGCAGGAGAUCAUUCGAAGGUCGGAUAUGUGCAUGUCCUGGUCGAGACCGCAAAGCCGAUGAGGACCACUUUAGGGAACAGCAGGCCCUCAAUGAGAGCGUGGCCAAGAAUGGCAGUGCCAACAAGCGCAACUUCAAGCAGAGUCCACCAAAUAUUCCAAGUCCAAAUAUGAACAUGAGGAAGAGGCGGCACGGAGAAGAAGAGAUUUACUAUAUUCCUGUUCGUGGUCGUGAGAACUUUGAGCUGCUGAUGAAGAUUAAAGACAGUUUGGAGCUGAUGGAACUGGUGCCACAGCCCCUGGUGGACUCCUACAGACAACAAACACAGCAGCAGCUGCUGCAGAGACCAAGCCACAUAGCCUCUCCCUCCUCAUAUUCUCCACUGCCCAACAUGAACAAGCUGCAUCCUCACGGAGGCCUCAACAAACCGGUCAACCAGCUGUUGGGACAGCAGAACCACCAACACCAACACCCCUCUGCCCCUCCUUCCAUGACUCAUAUGGGUUCAAGCAUGCUCAACAGCAACCACAUGCAGGCCAAUGGCGAAAUGAACGGCGGCCACAGCAGUCAGAAUAUAGUAUCCGCUUCGCACUGCAGCCCACCCCCUCCGUAUAACCCUGACCCCAGCCUCGUCAGUUUUCUCACCAGUCUGGGCUGUCAGAACUUCAUUGAGUACUUCACCUCCCAAGGCCUCCAGUCUGUCUACCAUCUCCAAACUCUCUCCAUGGAGGAUUUAGGUGCACUGAAGAUACCAGAGCAGUCCCGCCUUGUCAUCUGGCGAGGUCUGCAGGACAUGAAACAGGGUGCUCCGCUGCAGCUGCCCACCUCGUCUCAUCACCACGACUACCAUGGCCAGCAGCUGCUCCGCUCCAGCAGCAACAUGGCCGCCUCCGCCAUCGCGGCUAUCGGGGCGGCGGGCGGGGAACUGCAGCGGCAGCGCGUCAUGGAGGCCGUGCAUUUUCGCGUGCGCCACACCAUCACUAUCCCCAACAGGUCCGGUGUGGUCGGACCGCCAGGGAUGGCAGCAGGUGCCGAUGAGUGGUCUGACUUUGGUUUCGACAUGCCUGACUGCAAAGUGUCAUGUAACAAGCACUCCAUCAAGGAGGAGUUCAUGGACAGUGAUGUUCACUGAGAGCGAAAUGAACGAGAUGCUGUCAGCGUCGGCCGAUUACAGAGUCAAACCACGUGGAUGGGGUCUUUAAAUGUGCUGUCAUGAUUUAGUCAGUGCUUUGCAGUGUGUAUUAUUUUUGUUGAGCAGUUGUUCGACCUGGAAGACAGGAUGUGACACGAAUGGUAGCAAAUACCAUAGUGACAAUAGCAUUGUCAAAGCAAUGCAUGGCACACAUGGUCUGGACUAUACUAUCUCGGUCUCUGACAAGUGCAGAGAAAUGUUUUCUGGGUGCACUGUGCAAUAAUACAUGACUUGUUUAUCUUUUUACAUUCAUUUACAAGAUAAUGUGCACAAUCGCACAAAUGGGAAAAGAGCAAACAGACCUAUCUCCACUAUCAGCUUGCUAGCAUCCAUUUCCAUUUUGUAUUUGGAUACAAAACAUUCAUUCUCAGCAGACUUAUUUAUUUUUUUCGUUCAGUCAUUCACUUGUACAAAUGUACAUACUGCAUCUUGUAAAUGUUUUGGACUAGGCGUGGUUGAAAAAUGAGUAUUUAGAUUCAAAAUGAUGUAUCACUUGUUUAAACCACGUGUAUAGAAUUGAAUAGCAAAUCAAACACGAGGCUUCGGGGACACGGUCAUGUGUAUUUUUGAUGGCUGUGAUAAUGUGAUGACCUCUAGUUCAGUAUACCUUUAUCACUCAUUUCACUGUAGCAGAUUGUUUAUUGGGCUUUGGCAGUAAUAGUGUGUGCGUCAACACGUAUUAUCAAAUGUUAGGACUUCUACUGUUUAUGAAGUUGUAGAAAAAAUGGUGUUAAUUCUUGUAUAGAUACACAUUGCAAAACAGGUGAGAAACAAAAUAUCACAAGCAGUAUUAUAUCACAAUAGCAGGGAUAUAUUAGAUUUGGAUUAAUAAUAAAAAGAACAAGUCCCUGUUUAUCAAGACACUAGACAAGACAGUAGCGUUUUUGUCCUUCUCUGUAUUUUGAUAAACCUUGCAGGGCAAGGUCUUCAUAUACUGAUAAUCGUUAACCGUGUACCAUGUCUCCAUGGCACUUGUUUGUAGAUAUUUAUUAGCAACAUUCCAGUUUUAUUUCUAGCUUGCCAUCCGGCACGACUGAUCAUGGUGCGAUUCUAGUAUGGUGUCAAGAGUUAUUCGUAGUAGGUACUUGACUUUUUACCAUGACAAGAAUUGUACCUUGACUUGAAUCAUUUUUUUAACGCCCACUCACAAAGAAACAUUUCACGUACUACCCACUAACUGGUCAGAGAAAGAGCACUUUAAUGCUUUAAAGGUGAACUAUAUUAGGAUUAUCAGUAUUAUGCAUUGGCCACAGUGUAAAUAAAAAUGAUUGUGCUUUGUUUUAAUAUUCUGGUGAGUCUUUUUUUUUUGUUAUCAGUUUUGUAAAGAUUAAGAUGUGUACCUAUGUAUUGCUGUUCAUCGAUGGUAACUAGUUGUUCAGUGUUUUCGUUAAAAUCAUGGAUUAAAUGGACUAAAACAUU